AUGUUCCCUGUGGCUAGGGCUGCUCUGAACCGCACCGCUCGUAGCAUUCAGCAUACUGCAGUAAGACAAGCUCAUCGCAAACAUGAGCCUAACUUCCAUGAUAAAUACGGAAACCUGGUACUCCUUGGUGGAGCCGCAGCUUUUACUGCUGUCUGGGGAUAUGUGUUUACACAAGCUGGAAUUGAGUGGGGCUUGUCACCUGUUGGCAGAAUCGCUCCAAAAGAAUGGAGGGAGUAACGGCCUUUGCUUAUAAUAAACUGGUCUAAACUUUCACUGAAAAAAUCAUCAUUUAAUGGCAUUUGUUCCCCGAUUACCACUUGUACAGUGGCAUUCCUGGUCUAAUAAAUAUACCUAGAAACCUG